AUGUCCGCCGGCGGCUCGUACUCCCCCCUCUGCACCGACUCCGGGGCCAUGUACAGCGGCGUCCCUCUGAACUGGCUGCUCUCGGCGGCGCUGCCGCCGGCGGCCGGCUUCGACAGACCGAAGUCGGCGAUCUUGGCCCGCCCAUCGCCAGUGACGAGGAGGUUCUGCGGCUUGAUGUCGCAGUGGACGAGGCCGGCCUGGUGA